AUGGUUCGAGAUUUGUCUUAUGGAGGAGUUUCGAAGAUUUUUCUUGGAAAUUUCGUCAACAUUGCAAAUUGGGACUCUUCCUCCACUAAUUCAAUCAUGCAACAUGCAAAGGAUCAAUGGGAUCAUUAUUCUUCUCCCAAAACUUGCACCGUUGAACAAUUUCGAACUGCAGCCUUAAUAAUUUUCCCUCCAUCAUCGGAACGUCCGGCAUCGACCACUACAAAUAAUCGACGAAAACGUCGACGAACAAGGAGCAGCAAGAACAAAGAAGAGCUAGAGAAUCAGAGAAUGACUCAUAUCACCGUUGAACGUAAUCGCCGGAACCAAAUGAAUGAGUACCUGUCUGUGCUGAAAUCCUUGACGCCAUCUUCAUAUGUUCAAAGGGGCGAUCAAGCAUCGAUAAUCGGCGGAGCCAUCGAUUUCGUCAAGGAAUUAGAGCAGCAGUUGCAUUCCAUGGAAGCUCACAAGAGGACGACAACACAGCAACAUCAACAACCAGAACAAAAUGGUUGUCAUUCUUCGCCGUUUGCCGACUUCUUCACCUUCCCACAAUUCACGGCUACGGUGGAAAGCAUGGCGGAGAUAGAAGUGACAAUGGCGGAGACACAUGCAAAUGUGAAGAUACUGUCGAAGAAACGACCCAGACAGCUUCUGAAACUGGUUGCCAGAUUACAAGAUCUACGGCUCACCAUUCUCCACCUCAACGUGACAACGAUGAAUGAAAUGGGUUUGUAUUCGAUUAGUGUGAGGGUGGAGGAAGGUUGCCAUUUUAACACUGUGGAUGAAAUUGCAGCAGCUGUUAAUCAAAUGCUAGGAAGAAUCCAAGAAGCUGUUUUUUAGGGAAUUUGGGAUUAAUUUUAUGGAUCCUUUGCCAUCAAAAUUGUUAAAGU